CCUAAUCGUUUUGUUUUCAGUUAUACUUGUAUGUCGCAGGUAGAUCUCAAUAAUCUCAAUUUCUUAACCAAUUUCCUUCCUUACACAAUUAGAGUAAUUAGAAAAAUAAAUUAACUUAUUUUAAAAAUGGGAGAUCAGUCUGCACAAACGAAGUCCAAUGAAAACACAUCUUCAGAAGUGAAUCAAGAUGAGCUUAUUCUUCAACAACAAAGGCGUAUCGAAAAAGAGAUUAAAGAGACUACACCACUAGUUGGUGAAAAAGAAUCUUUGAAAGCACUUGAAAGUGAAUACACAGAAGAUGAAGUGUAUUUAUCAAAAGCCAAAGCCUUGGCUCAGAAAUACUCAUAUUUUAGAAGAACAAGGCCAGAUGGAAAUUGUUUCUUUCGGGCUUUUAGUUAUGCUUAUUUAGAAAAGCUCCUUAAUAAUAAAGAAGAAUUUGUAAAGUUUCGAGAAUUAGCACACAAAAGUAAAGAGGAUUUAGUUGAGUUAGGAUUUCCUCGCUUUACAGUUGAAGAUUUUCAUGAUACAUUCAUGGGAGUAAUUGAUAAAGUUGGGGAAGGUAAAGAAGAAAGUUAUGCAGAACUUCAUAGGCUUUUUAAUGAUCAAGGAUACUCAGACUAUGCCGUAGUUUACUUAAGACUAAUAACUUCUGGACAACUUCAAAGAGAAGCUGAAUUUUACCAACAUUUUAUUGAAGGUGAUCGAACUGUCAAAGAAUUUUGCCAUCAGGAAGUAGAACCCAUGUAUAAAGAGUCUGACCAUAUCCAUAUUAUUGCUAUGAGUACAGCUUUAAAUACUGGAGUACGAGUAAGAUAUAUGGAUAGAGGUGCUGGGACUGAAGUAACAGCACAUGAUUUUCCAGAAGGAUCAACUCCAUCAGUUCAUUUAUUGUAUCGGCCAGGUCACUACGACAUUCUCUACCCUUGAUAAUUCAUAAUUAACUUAGAAUUUUUCUGAAACCUAUUUUAUAACUAAAAACAAAAUUAAAAUAUUCUUUUUUGUACUUCAUUCACAAUUCACAAUAAUAAUAUCGCUAAAUAAUAAACAUAUAUAAUUAAAUCUGUAUUUAGCGAUAGAUACAAAAUUAAUUUAUUAAUUCUUCAGAGAAUUUUUCAAUUUUAUGUCAAUUUGUUCGCAGAUUUUAGUGCACAGUACAUUUAAAUUUUAUAAGGUAUAAAAUAUAUUAUGUACUUGCAGAUACUUUUAGCAGUAAGAAUCAGCAUUAUGUUAUUUUAUUUUUGAGCUGAAUUGUAAACUAUGAACAAUUUACCGUUUUUAAUUAAAUAUUUUCUGUAAUAAGA